GGUUUGGAGUUUUACUUUCUUGUUAUUAGCUUAUUUGUUUUUCUAGGUUUAUUGAAUUUGGAGGAAUGUCUACGGAGAGGAAAAGGAAGGUGAGCUUGUUUGAUGUGGUGGACGAAACCUCCGUCUCUGCAAAGAAAACUUCUAUUAAUGGUGGCUCAUUGCUCAUGCCUACCAUUAAUAAAUGGAAUGGCCGACCAUACUCACAGAGGUAUUAUGAAAUCCUGGAGAAGAGGAAGACGCUCCCUGUAUGGCUGCAAAAAGAAGAAUUCUUCCAGGCUCUGAAGGCUAGCCAGUCCUUGAUAUUGGUUGGAGAAACUGGUAGUGGCAAAACAACUCAGAUCCCUCAGUUUGUUUUGGAUGCUGUUGAAUUAGAGACACCUGACAAACGUAAAAAGAUGAUGAUAGCCUGCACGCAGCCUCGUAGGGUGGCUGCAAUGUCUGUGUCCCGUCGAGUUGCCGAAGAGAUGGAUGUAACAAUUGGAGAAGAAGUGGGUUACAGCAUCCGGUUUGAAGAUUGCAGUAGUUCAAAAACUGUUCUAAAGUAUUUAACAGAUGGUAUGCUUUUGAGAGAAGCUAUGACAGAUCCCCUUCUGGAACGUUAUAGAGUUAUUAUACUGGAUGAGGCUCAUGAAAGAACUUUAGCAACAGAUGUUCUAUUUGGGCUUCUGAAAGAAGUACUGAAAAAUAGGCCUGAUCUGAAACUGGUGGUGAUGAGUGCAACCCUUGAGGCUGAGAAGUUUCAGGGUUAUUUUUAUGGUGCACCCCUUAUGAAAGUUCCAGGAAGGCUCCAUCCAGUAGAGAUCUUCUACACACAGGAACCUGAGAGGGAUUACCUUGAAGCAGCAAUUCGAACAGUUGUGCAGAUACACAUGUGUGAGACUCCUGGUGACAUCCUUGUUUUCCUUACUGGAGAGGAAGAGAUUGAAGAUGCGUGCCGGAAAAUAACAAAAGAAAUUGGAAAUAUGGGUGACCAGGUGGGUCCAGUGAAAGUAGUACCUCUGUAUUCGACACUUCCUCCGGCAAUGCAGCAGAAGAUUUUUGAGGCUGCCCCACCUCCGCUGAAGGAGGGUGACCCUCCUGGAAGGAAGAUUGUAGUGUCAACCAACAUUGCAGAAACUUCUUUGACUAUUGAUGGUAUUGUUUACGUUAUAGACCCUGGGUUCGCCAAGCAGAAGGUUUAUAAUCCACGAGUGCGAGUAGAAUCUUUGCUGGUCUCGCCUAUAUCAAAGGCAAGUGCACACCAGAGAUCAGGCCGUGCUGGAAGAACACAACCUGGAAAAUGCUUUAGGCUCUACACCGAAAAAAGUUUCCACAAUGAUCUCCAGCCACAGACUUACCCUGAGAUACUGCGAUCAAAUCUGGCGAACACGGUUCUGACCUUGAAGAAGCUUGGAAUUGAUGAUCUUGUUCAUUUUGAUUUUAUGGACCCCCCUGCUCCAGAGACAUUGAUGCGGGCACUGGAGGUGUUAAACUACUUGGGUGCAUUGGAUGAUGAUGGAAAUUUGACCAAGCUGGGUGAAAUAAUGAGUGAAUUUCCUUUGGAUCCACAAAUGUCAAAGAUGCUCGUUGUUAGUCCUGAAUUUGACUGUUCAAACGAAAUCCUUUCUAUUUCAGCCAUGCUUUCAGUACCCAAUUGCUUUGUACGGCCUAGGGAGGCGCAAAAAGCUGCAGAUGAAGCGAAAGCUCGGUUUGGGCACAUCGAUGGAGAUCACCUCACACUUCUGAAUGUCUAUCAUGCAUACAAGCAAAACAGUGAAGAUCCUCAGUGGUGUUACGAAAACUUUAUCAAUCAGAGGACCCUUAAGGCUGCUGAUAAUGUCAGGCAACAGUUGGUUCGCAUUAUGGCAAGGUUCAACCUCAAGUUAUGCAGCACAGAUUUCAACAGCCGAGACUACUACAUAAACAUAAGGAAAGCUAUGCUGGCUGGGUAUUUUAUGCAGGUUGCUCACCUUGAGCGUACUGGUCACUAUCUGACUGUGAAAGACAAUCAGGUGGUUCACCUUCAUCCUUCUAACUGCCUGGAUCACAAGCCGGAGUGGGUUAUCUACAACGAGUAUGUAUUGACGAGUCGGAAUUUCAUUCGUACAGUAACUGAUGUUCGUGGAGAGUGGCUGGUUGACAUAUCACCCCACUACUAUGACCUUGACAACUUCCCACAGUGCGAGGCCAAGCGUGUUCUUGAGAGGCUUUACAAGAAGCGGGAAAGGGAAAAGGAAGAGACUAAGAACAAGAAAUAAGGGUAGGAUGAAC